AUGUCUGUCGCGCAAGAAGUCGAAGCCGCCAACGCGCAAUAUGCAGCCUCUUUUACGAAAGGGGACCUGACUCUGCCUCCUCAGCGCAAAGUUGCCAUCGUAGCAUGCAUGGAUGCAAGACUUGAUACCGCCCGCGCCUUAGGCCUGGAAGAAGGUGACGCCCACGUUAUUCGAAAUGCAGGCGGUCGGGUGACGGACGCACUACGCAGCAUCGUCAUUUCGCAGCAGCUCCUCGGCACGCGGGAGAUCAUCAUCGUGCACCACACGGACUGUGGAAUGCUUACUUUCACCGAUGAGGUGAUCCGCGGGAAAGUGCGGGCGGAUUUGAGGCAGAAUGUUGAUCAUAUUGCCUUUCUUCCAUUUGGUGAUCUUAGGCAGAGUGUUCUGGAUGAUGUUCAGCUGCUGAGGGAGAGUCCGCUUGUGCUGGAUGUUCCGGUCACGGGGUAUGUGUAUGAGGUGGAGACGGGCAAGAUCGUCAAGGUGGAAUGA